AUGGACAGCCAUCCUAAACAUACCGGUAGUCAACUGCUGAAGCAAGUGAAUGUUCUGGACGCCAUCUACUGGAUUAACAGAGCAUGGAAGGAGACAGAUACCACUACUAUCAUCAAGUGCUUCAAUGCAUGUGGAUUUGACAACAGAGACAAUGACUCAGCUAGUAGUGCCCCUGUCAGUGAUAGCAGUGAUGAUGAUGAUGAUGACGACGACGAUGACGACGACAUCCCACUGGAAGGUUUCAAGUUGUCCAAGGACAUUUUUGGUGUUGAUUUUGAACAACUGAAAGAUAUUGACCAACAUGUGGCUACUUGUAACGAGGAAACUGUCGACUGGAAUACCAAUGCAAAGUCACUACUGCAACAUUUCAAUCAAGAUGUUGAUGAUGACAAAGAUGACAAUGAUGAUGACAACGCCAAUGAGGACAUUGAUACACCUGUGACAAAAUGUGAUGCGCAUGAACAUUAA